CUGGGAACAUUUGCCUGUACCACCGCCUACAGCAGCUUCUCUCUCGUACCUUUUUCAGACAAGCGGCCUACAAGCAGCACUCAGCAUGCCUGCCCUCACCUUUGCGCAACUCCCACGUGAGUUGCGGGAUAUGAUAUGGGUAGCUGCAGCUGCAGCACAAUACCAACACAUCGCCGAUGGAGCGUCGAAACUCUCCACCAAACUCGGCGCCGAAGAGCGCCUGCGACAAGCAUUCGUCGGCUACGAAAGCCUACCUCAAGACGUGGAAAAACAGCCCCUCAGAGUGUGCGUGAACGAUAACGGCAAGAGGGUGCAUCUCCACGUGAAUGAGAUUCAAACGCUCGUGAACCGUUUACCCAUAGCGACCGUGUGUUCGGAGUCGCGACGUCAAGCCAUCGCCUUUUGCCUCAGCCAAGUUGAUAUCGUGGAUUUGCACUACGCGAUAGAUGCAAACGAUUAUAGUGGGGAUGAGAUGAUCGAUGGUCUGCUUUUGCUGAAUCCAACGACCGUUGUGGUGACCAACACGUAUCGCCCACAUGACGCCUGGGACGCGCUUCGAGAGUUCGACUCUGCAGAACAGUUCGUCACCACCAUCGAUCGCUUCUUUGGUAGCAGUGUGAAGCAUGUCGUGCUCAAUCUGUGGUUCCACGCCUCGGAAACGCUCGAACGGGUUUACUGGCCACAUCUUGAAUGCACACGGGAUAACAAACAAUUGGACGGUUCCUACAUCGACGACCCCAACCACGAUAUCUACACCAUCCUCAUGACGCCCGACCGACUCCUCAAGGUAAGGGAAGAAAUAUUCCGCGUAGGGAAAGAUCCGAAAUUCACACUACAAUCCAUCUACCACCAUCUCCUCAAGUUCUACGAGAUAUGGGACGCUUGUAAGGGAAAGCAGAAGCUGCUUAGUCUUCGGACCAUGGAGCUGGACCUUCACACGCACUCCUCGGGGGAGAUUUUACAGACGCACGUCAAGGCGACGAUGAAGGACGACGGUGUCUUGUGGACUAAUCGGAAUGAAUGUGAAAUUGGGUUUGACCUUGAUUUCUUCGCUUACGUUGAUUCAGAAUAA